AACCACAAACACAACAACCUACACCACCACAACUACCACUACAACUACCACCACAACAACAACCUACACCACCACAACCACCUCAUCAUCUUCAUCACCACCACCAUCACCUCUUCAUCUCUCAAUGGCGUCCGCGCCCAAGAGGAUUCAUAGAAGUCCUGACGAGCACGAUGACGAUGAUGAUGACGAGGAGGAGGAGGAAGAGGAGCGAGAUGAGGAUGAUUGUGAUGAUGAUGAUUGCAGCGGCAGUGGAAGCGACGACAUUGACGAGGAGGUGAUGGUGGAGUUUGAGGCUCACGCCUUCACACACUCCGACUUCUACGGAGUGCGUAAGCUGCUACAGCAGCUGUUCCGCAAGACUGUGGUGGAUGUGACGGCGCUUGCUAACCUCAUCGUCAACAACCCGGACUUGGGCAGUGUACUCAAGCAAGCUCCAGUCUCUGACGACAGUGACGAUGAUGAUGAGAGUCAAGACGAAGUCUUCGGAUUCAUAACCCUCAUCAGCCUGUCAGACAAACAGCUGGCCCCGUGCCUCUCCCAGCUCUGCUCUGUUCUCGUGUCGCUGGCCCACGCGGCCGACCCCACCACAGCAGCCGGCCUCCGGGCCGCCCUGGCCAACAAGGCCCGGCCUGUGGGCCUCUUGCUGUGCGAGAGAUUCCUCAAUGUGCCUCCACACGUCGCCCUGCCGCUACACUCUCAGCUGGGCAAGGAGUUGGUGUCGCUGGACCGUACCAAGCGGCUUGCCGGCGGGGGUGGUUGUGGCACCACCACCGCCACAACCACCACAACCACCACCACCACCACAACCACCACCACCACCACCACAAUGCCAUCGCAGGCAGCUGGAGGCUUUAGCUACUACCUCCUUGUGUGUAAGACCUGCGUCGAGGGGGGAGGAGGAGCUGUAGGUGUGGGAGCUACUCGUGGUGGUGGUGGUGGUGGCGGUGGUGGUGGUGGUGGUGGCGGCGGUGGUGGUGGUGGUGGUGGCGGUGGUGGUGGUGGUGGUGGUGGCGGUGGUGGUGGUGGUGGUGGCGGUGAACAGAAGGGGGAGUUGAUGUUUCUAAACGCCGAGGAGGAGUUCUUUUACGAGCAGGCCGAGCUGACGUUCUCCUACCCAGUGGGUGCCUCCGCGGGCAGCGUGGACGAGCCGGGGGUCACGGGGGUCACGGGGGUCACGGGGGUCACGGGGGUCACGGGGGUGGACUCGCUGCUGGGCGGGCGCUGGUCCCCGGGCGACCUCCAGAUGGAGUCUCUCCGGAGCGUGCUGCUGGUUCCCACGGCACGCCUGGGGCACGUCACCACAGCCAUGCACCAGCACCUCGCCACACCACAGUGAUCACCAACAUCACCAUCAUCACAGUGAACACCAUCACCGUCACCACAGUGAACACCACAGCCAUGCACCAGCACCUCGCCACACCACAGUGAACACCAUCACCGUCACCAGCACCUCGCCACACCACAGUGAACACCAUCACCAACACCAUCAUCACAGUGAACACCAACACCAUCACCAUCAUCACAGUGAACACCAUCACCGUCACCACAGCCAUGCACCAGCACCUCGCCACACCACAGUGAACACCAACACCAACACCACAGUGAUCACCAUCACAGUGAACACCAUCACCAUCACCACAGUGAACAC